UGGCGCAUCCCAACCUUCUCCUCCUCCUCCUCCUCCUCCUCCUCCUCCUCGGCCCCGAUUAAACCUGUCUCCUACCCCGUGAAACCCGAAGACCCUUCCUCCCCCAACGAAGGCGACGACGCCGCCGCCGCAUCGACCUCCACCGCCCCCUCCCCCUCGCUUCCUCCUCGGCCUCCCCCGCGGAGGCCUCCGCGCCCCGAACCCCGGCCAUGGACGCGCGAGGACGCGCGGUUCGUGAAGGACGCGGCGGCGGGGGCGGCGAUCUCGCCGGUGUCGUACCCGGCGCGCGUGGGCGAGGAGGAGGAGAAGGGAGGGGAGGAGGAGCCACUGCAGAGGGAGGCGAGGAGGAUCGAGUCCGAUGCGAGGGUGAGGAGCUUCUUCGGGUUCCAGGAGGAGGAGGAGAAGGCGCCGUAUCCGACGCUGAUCAGGCCGGAGAAGAAGCCGCAGAAGGCGCCCAUGGAUUUGAUGGAGGCCAUUCGAGAAGUGAAGGCCAAUGCAAAACGUAACUUCAUCGAAACUCUUGAAGCUCAUGUUGUUUUGGGUGUCGAUCCACGUCGCGGCGAUCAGAUGGUGCGUGGUGCUUUGACACUGCCUCAUGGCACUGGAAAGACUGUUAGGGUAGCUGUAUUUGCUGAAGGGGUUGCAGCUGAUGAAGCGAGGGCUGCAGGAGCUGAUGUAGUAGGUGGUGAUGAACUUAUUGAGGAAAUAAGAACUGGAGGCGGUAAACUCAAUUUUGACAAGUGCAUUGCAACGCCAAUGUACAUGCCACGCCUUUCCAAGAUUGCUAGGAUCCUUGGUCCCCGUGGUCUGAUGCCGAAUCCCAAACUAGGAUCUGUGACAAGUGACGUUUCUGGGGCAGUUAAACAGGCAAAAUGCGGUCGAAUUGAUUUCAAAAUCGACAAAACUGCUAUAGUGCAUGCAGGCCUUGGAAAGGUUAACUUCUCUGAGGAGUAUUUGCGUGAAAAUAUUGGAGCGUUUGUACAUGCCCUUUUGCUUGCAAAGCCUGUGGGGCUAAAGAAAACUUCCAAGUAUGCUGGAUAUGUAAAGAACUUCACCUUGUGUAGCACAAUGGGACCUGGAUUUCCUGUUUCAAUUCAGUCACUAUCUGUUGCCGCCGAUCACUACAAUACACUUCAAGUCAAGUAGUAAUAACACAAGAUUACGGCAUUGGAGUAGAGUUAUCAGGCGGACUCGGAUGCAAUUUUGGUACCUGAAAUUAAAUGUUAACGGAACCUAUUUAAAUAGGUCGCCGAAUGAGUAACACAAAAUGAUGCUCCUGUAUUCUUCUGAGGUAUCGGCACUAUGAUCUUUUUUCUUCUGUUGUUACUUCCAACAUACACUUUGGGAACUCCUGAGGCAUGCAGGGCCAAGUUCUUUAGGUGCUCAUUCCUUACCAGUGAUGGAUGUUGCUCUAUGGCAAUGCCUGCUUAUUUGGCUAAUUGGCAAAUUCGUUCUGCAGUAAGCUCAUCUUGAAUGUUGUUGCUGUAAUUUAUCACUCAGAACCAGAUUCUGGUUUACCAAUAAAUUUGUAACCCAAGUUUGUGCUUCUGUUUAUUCUGUUGGUUUUUUGCUUGCUGACUGAUCGGAUGAUGGCGGAUUGAAAGAUCAGACAGGUCCAAAUAAGACAGAUAAUAUAGUUUAUUUUUGGUUUUA